AUGAAUUUGAAGUCGGCCCAUAAUGUUAUAUUGGGUUGGACCGCUCUCCACCUCUUGCAGGCCAUCCCCUCAACUUAUCAUCAGAUUAUCAAAUUUCUGACCCCAAAUGGAGUCGGAAUAGCCCGGGGCAAUCAAAAAGAAGCUAGAUCUUGCUAUCUACUCUCGAUCAAGGGGAAGGGUGUCCAAUGCACUAUGUCGAUUGAAAAAACUUGUCUCCAACUAGAAAAGACGGUAGAAGGACCGAGGACAGAGCCAGUAGAAGGGCUCCAUAAAGUCCCUAUUGAUCAAGAAGGAAUGAAGACAAUCAAGACUGAGUCCAGAUUAGUCGAGCCCUUGAGAGGGGUUAUGGUGGAAUUUCUAAAAGCCAAUACUGAUGUAUUUGUUUGGAGACCGGACGACAUGCUAGGGGUUCCCCCCGAGGUAAUGUGUCACGAACUGGCCGUGGACAAACAUGUCAAACCAAUUCGACAAAAGAAGAGGCAUCUUAGCCUAGAGCGCCAGAAGGCGGCAGCGGACGAGGUGAAGAUGCUUCUGAAAGCCGACUUUAUCCGAGAGGUUCAAAACCCAGAGUGGUUAGCCCAUAUGGUCCUAGUAAAAAAAGCACUGAAUAAGUGGAGGAUGUGUGUAGAUUUCACCGACCUUAAUAAAGCUUGUCCUAAAAGAUAG